UAUCAAUAUUUUGAUUCAAAAUAUUGUUGUUUAUCAAUUAGAUUAAAAACUGCUGUUCACUGUAAGGUUAAAAGAAACCAUGUCCUCUCAACCAAUCUGGGAAGUGCAAAAAAAGAUGGACUGAUUACGCUGAUUACACCCAAGUUUGAAUGAAUCCAGCACCGACUAAACCGGUGCUAAUCCGUGGAACCAGUGUGUGCCGAGAUCGCCUUUCAGAUGAAUGUUUCUCUAACCUUACUGAGUACCUGUUCAAAACUAUCGACAAUCCGACCGAGACUUCAGCGGAGCACACCGCAAGCGACAUCGAAACGCUUCAAAACGAUAGUCAAUUGAAUGAGCAAGAUUUCAAACUAGCCCUGCAAACUUUAGCGUAUCUGGUGAGGCGUUCGCUAAAAUUUAUGUUAAAACCUUCGACUUUACAGUCGGAUCUACGCAAUCGACUACUGCUGGAUGAGAAUAAGAGCAAUAUUCUCGUUAAACAUUGGAUCCAAGCGACGAAGAUAAUACUCGACUCGUUAAAGCCUUCUGAAGGCGACCGGGGUAGCGAGGGCUCAGCAUCCAAUCAACUCGCGGAUGUUUCGUGGAAGGUGCGAGCUCAACUGUCUUCCGAACCACGACAAAAGGAUAAGCUGGCACUUGGUCAACUGGAACUGAAAACCACCAAAAAGGCAAUCAAUCUGGAGCUGAACAGUACCGAAAUUGUCGAUUUUUAUAAUCAGUUGGAGCGAAUACAAGCGGAGCUGGAUUCGUUGAAAUCAAAAGCAUGAUAGAUGUAUCGAGAGCUUAACCGACGAUAUUUGUUGAAUAAAACUUGAUUAAUUCCGUUCUUGUUAGAACCAAAACUA